UGGUGUAAAAAAUCACACAGGCUGGUGGGAGGAAGCCAACUUGGAAACACCGCGGAGCGAAACUCCUCUCGGUGGAGACUGAACUCGGCCGGCGGCUCUGGACGCGGGCAGACGGCGGCUACACAGACCGGGUUGUAAUGAACCACCGCGGCCUAAAAUUCACUCAAACCCUCCGUCCUGUAAAACACCUGGAAGUUUAAACUUCGCUCCAAACUUUUCGGCGGGGCUUCUCAGUCUGAACUCGUUAAGUCGUUUGUGUGGCUGGCCUUGUUAAAAACCGAAGCGUCGGUCCGCACAUGUUUCUGCCUUGUUCCUGCUAGUUUCCAAAACAACCAGGUGAGCAGGCCGUCUGGCUUCUCCCCCCCUCCGGGGACUUGCGCAGCCGCAGCCGCCGCCGGAGAACAAGCACCGGUGAGCCGCCGAGAACCAGGACGGUCAUGGAUCUACCGGGAGAGAGCGAGACCCGGCGGAGAGAAAGCAGCAGGACCCCCGCGGUGAUUAACAGGAGAAACACACCGGCGAACACGAUGUACGCCGUCGGUUUUCUCUGCCUCCAAGUUCUGUCCAUCCAGGCUGCUGCUGCCAUCCAGUUCACCAAGGAGCCCAAAUCCCAGGAUGCCUUGCACGGCCGCAGUGCCAUGCUACGCUGCGAGGUCAGCGACCCGGCUCACAUCACUUACAGCUGGCUCCACAACGGCCAGGCCCUGGUAAACAGCGAGAGGCGCUUCCAGGAAGGCAGCAACCUCAAGUUCACCGCCGUGGAUCGGCGGCUGGACGCGGGGAACUUUGUGUGCGUCGCGAUGAACGCGGCCACGGGAGCUUUGCAGCACUCCACCAAUGCCUCCUUCAAUAUCAAGUGGUUGGAAAGUGGUGGCGUGACUUUGAAGGAGCCCGCCUCAGAAGGGGAGAUCGAGAGCUCUGCGCCGGUCACGUUGCGCUGCCACAUUGAUGGACACCCACGGCCAACGUGUCAGUGGUUCAAGGACGGGGUGAAGCUGACAGAGAAGAGCCAUCAGAUCAACAACAAGGAGAGGACGCUCACCUUCAAGAGUGCCAGUCCGGAUGAUAACGGCCUGUACUACUGCUGUGCCAAGAACGCAGCCGGUCAUGUCUGCAGCAACAGCAACUUCACUCUCAACAUUAUAGAUAAGAGUUUCCCGCGGGCGGUCAUCACUCCUGAGGACCAGGUGGUAUUGAGGAACGAGGAGGCAGCGUUUCACUGCCAGUUCACCGCUGAGCCGGCACCCACGUUGGAGUGGUACCACGAAAACGAGCUGCUGGCAAACAAGUCUCGUGUGAUCCUGCUCUCCAAUGGAACACUGCUGAUCACCCAGGUCAAGCCCAGGAACACAGGGACCUACAAGUGUGUUGGCCAUGGCCUCAGAGGGUCCCAUAUUACGCUGGAGGCCUCCCUCCUCAUAGCAGAGAUAGACGACAUGGUGCCCAAGAUGUCCAAGGUUUUCACAGCGGACACCCUGCAGCGGGUAGCCUGUCGCCCACCACGAGGCAGACCUGAGCCUGAGGUGUGGUGGGAGAGAGGAGGUCAGCGAGUGCCCACAGCGGGCAGAGUGUACCAGGAUGACCUGGAUCUGGUCUUCAGUCCCACAGAGGAGGGGGAUUCAGGCACCUACACCUGUGUGGCCCAGAACAAGGCAGGACGCAAGACGCAGGACGUCACCUUUACCGUGGCCACUGCUCCAGUGUGGGUGACGAGGCCUCAGGACAGCUACUUAGAGGAGGGUAAACCAGGUUACCUUCACUGCCACGCUCAAGCCAACCCUGAACCGGAGGUCACCUGGAUCCGCAACAACAUCGUGAUAACACCAGAGGACUCUCGUUUUAAGCUGUUCACCAACGGCACCCUCAGGAUCAACAACGUGGAAGUGUAUGACGGACAGAUUUUCGGCUGUGAAACCAAGACUCCAGGCGGCAGACUGUCUGGGCAGGCUAGAGUUUUUGUGCUCGAGAAGCUAAAGUUCACCCCGACCCCCCAGCCUGCUCAGUGCCUGGAGCUGGAUAACGACAUCACCAUCCAGUGCUCGGCUAAAGGCAGAGAGAACCCCACCAUCCGCUGGACCAAAGCAGACGGAGGAGAGCUACCGCCUCGCGUGGAGCAGAGGAACGGCCAGCUCCACUUCACCAAAGUCACCCGCAGCGACGCCGGCAACUACACGUGCAUCGCCUCCAACAGCCUCCAGGGGGAGAUCAGAGCUCUGGUGACCCUCACUGUGGCCGUGUACAUUCGCUUUAAGGUGGACCCAGAGAACACAACAGUAUACCAAGGUCACACAGCCAUCCUGCACUGUCAGGCCACCGGUGACCCCGAGCCUCACAUCCACUGGAUGGUCAAAGACAAGACACUGGACAUCACUAAGAACAGGAGGUUCCAGAAGAUGCCCAACGGCUCCUUGGUGAUUACAGAUGUCACUACGGAUGACACUGGCAGAUACACAUGUGUUGCCGGAAACAGCUGCAGCAUCAAAGACCGUGUGGCUCAGCUGUAUGUAGUGGAGAAACCAGUGCAUUCCAUGGAUGAAGAUGGAGACAGGGCUCCCUAUAAGAUGAUCCAAACCAUCGGUCUGUCAGUGGGAGCAGCUGUGGCUUACAUCAUUAUCGUGCUAGGCCUCAUGUUUUACUGCAAAAAGAGACGCAACGCCAAAAGACUGCAGAAAGGCCAGGACGGAGAGGAGCCUGAGAUGGAGUGCCUCAACGGAGGGGCCGUUCAACAAAAUGGCCACACCACCGCUGAGAUCCAAGAAGAGGUGGCACUCACCAACAUGGGUACCAUGGCAACAACCGAGAAACGCCACAGCCACGUCAACAAUGAUAAGCUCCACUUUCCUCGAGCAAACCUACAAACCAUCACUACUUUAGGUAAAGGGGAGUUUGGUGAGGUGCUGCUGUGCAAAGCUAAAGGUAUCGAGGAGAGCGAGGAGGAGUCUGUGGUGUUGGUGAAGAGCCUACAGACCAGAGAUGAACAGCUCCAACUCGAUUUCCGCCGUGAAGCUGAAAUGUUCGCCAAGCUCAGCCACCCCAACGUUGUCCGCCUGUUGGGCCUGUGUAGAGAGACAGAGCCCCACUACAUGAUCCUGGAGUACUAUGACCUGGGAGACCUGAAGCAGUUCCUGAGAAUUUCCAAAAGCAAAGAUGACAAGGUCAAAUCUCAGCCUCUCAGCACCAAGACCAAAGUUUCCAUCUGCGCCCAGGUGGCUCAUGGGAUGGAGCAUCUGUCCAAUCACCGCUUCGUUCACAAAGACCUAGCUGCCCGAAACUGCCUGAUCAACAGUCAGAGGCGCGUGAAAGUGUCGUCACUCAGCCUAAGCAAGGACGUCUACAACAGUGAGUACUACCACUACAGACAGGCAUGGAUCCCCCUGCGCUGGCUCCCAUCAGAGUCUGUGUUUGAGGACGACUUCUCCACCAAGUCUGACGUGUGGGCCUUCGGAGUGUUGAUGUGGGAAGUGUUCAGUCACGGGGAAAUGCCAUACACCAAACUCAGCGAUGAUGAGACGCUGGAAGCUCUGCAGACAGGGAAGCUGAAGCUGCCCGUUCCCGACGGAUGUCCCUCCAAAAUCUACAAGCUCAUGGCCCGUUGCUGGGCGCUAAGCCUCAAAGAGCGCCCCUCCUUCACUGAAAUCGUGCACGCCCUGGGAGAGGUGCCCUCUGACAGCAAAGUCUGAGAGACCAUGACCAUGAACUUUGACCAACCCCCUUCCCCCAAAAUAAAGACAGGAAUGCUGGAUUAUUAGUCUCACACAUUUCAGGGAAGAGGGUUGAGGAGAAAAUACUUCUUUUUUUUUUUAAAUAUGCAUUUCAAACAGACGGUGUGUUGAUAAGACUUCUUUUGCUAUGUCAGUGGAAACGCACUCACGUUUGUGUGAAUGGCUUCUUGUGAGCAGUGCCAGGAGUUUACGCUUGCCUUAACCGCAACAUGGAUGACCCUUCGAGUCCCGGUCUGUGGUUCCACUGUGACCCUGCCUGCCUGCAGCCGCUCUGUCCCAGAGACACUUUGUUUCACGGAGCCUCACAACCUCAGUGCCUCUAACCCUCCGUGUGCAUACUCAUCAAGACUCCCAACUGCUUUGUAGAGAUGUUAGAUACAGUGCGUUCACUGGCACAGAUCAAUAAAGAUUAUUGGUCAGAAGUUUAGGGGGGGGGGACAUAAAAAUGUAGGUUCACUGCUCUGUCGCGUUCUCAGUUAAACUAGAAAGAAUAUUGAACGGAAAGCAAGAAAUAAUGUGACUUCAGUGGAGCAGUGAAGCCUCUUAAAUAGUCCUUCAACAACUUAGUGUGUUGAGUUUCAAACUGGUCUAUUAAAUCAAAAAGAGUCCAUCCUGUGUUCUGCCACCUAAUCCUGGAGGCGACACCUAGCUAUUCUGGACCCACCACCAUCCUCCAAAGUGUGUGUACGUACGUAUGUAUGUAUGUAUGUGUGUGUGUGUGUGUGUGUGUGUGUGUGUGUGUGUGUGUGUGUGUGUGUAGGUAUGUAUAAGUGUGUGUGUGUGUGUCCCACUGAACUGUUCCCAUGCUCUAGUGUACGUUCAAAGAAGAAGUAAAAUGGGGUUUGCAUGAAGGUUUGCCGUCUGUUACACUUUGUGAUUUGCAACAUGAGGAGACUUGUGGAAAAGGUAAUCCGUGUUAUGGUAACACUUCAGGAACUUUAAAAAAAAAAGAAAAGAAAAAAAGAUCACAUUUAUAGCCAAGGAAUAUAUUGAAUAGAGGAGAUUGUGCCAGUGUGGGCUUUGUACGUUGUUUUUUUUUUUGUUUGUUUUUUAUGAGUGUGUUCUUGUAUUAACUUUGAGGUGCUUAUUGGUCACUACCUAUGGGUAACAAGUACCCAUUAUACCGCAUUAACAUUUUGAUGCUGUCUCAGUUGCGGGGAUGCAGCCUAUCACUGUGUAUAACCUGCAACAUAAUUUCCUUCAGAGGUCCAAUCACAGUUUCCCUCCCGGUCCAGCUGUUUUAUGCAAAGUGGACCAUCACACCAGGCAAUGUGUACAUAAUGUAGAAGCCAUGCACUAAUUUCACUUAAAAGAAUAUCCCUCUUUAUCUCUAUCAUGUUGUGUAGUAGGACAUGCAGGUGCCUGUUUAUUUAUGAUGAAGGUCCUGUCUUUUUUUUAACUAUGUUUAUAAUAGGAAGGUACUUCUCUGAUGUGUUCAUUCUCAUGGUCCAUCUCAAUGUGCGUUCAGUCUGGUAACCAGCUGAAUAUGCUACCACAAAGUACAGAGGAGGUCAAAAGAGUGACUGCUGGUCACCAGUACUCAUUUAAGUGCCUGGUAAAUGAAGGAUUAUCUUAACUGUUUCCCUCUUCUUUUUUUUUUUUUACAUUAUCUAAUCAAAUGCAAUGGCCUUUGUUUAUGAACUUGUUUUUAUACGUUGUUUUAGUGUAAUGUUUUGUUUUUAUGAAUGCUAGGCACUCACACCUAGACAUCUUUUUUUAAUCUGCUUCAGCAAAAUGUUCACAAUAAUCACAGAUAUAUACAAGAAUAUACAUGCUGCUGUCAAUAAAGGUUCACAGUGUU